CACGAAGCAAAAUGCCACGGUCAACAUGAACUUGUGCAUGCGCAAACGCCAACUGAAAACACUAGAUUGCAGGCUGAUGAUAACACGCGCCUAGCUAGACGGACGUCCGGCCCCUUCGGCAUGAUCUGCGUCGGAGCUUGGGCGUGUGCAUCACCAUUUUUCUGAAUUGUGGACAAUAAUCUCACCCGCAAAUGAAUCGAUAUCCCCAGGGAAUUUGAGCUUGCCUUUCCGUUUCCAUCAGAGUAUUCACUCCUCCCGGAACGGAAGCGAUGCUGCGGAGUGGCAGCUAUAAAGUUUCCUCCAGCCCCUUGUUGGUGUCAUUCCGCGUAGUUUCUGUCAAUCACUGCCUCCGUUCCUCUGUAGUCGGUCGAAGGCAACUAGAGAUUAUCAUCAAAGCACUACCCGGGUCGCGACGUUCGGCACUACUCACCCGACAACGUUGCCUUUGCCUUCACACAUCGUUGCAGCUGCCCAAUGACUUUGUACUCGCGCGAAACCGCCGACGCUUUCCACCUUUCUACCGUGCCUUUCGAUACUACUAUGCAACCGAGCCAGUCCAAUCAUCCGAUUCACUGUGUUAAUACACCAACAAACUCAGAUUCCAUUCCAUACGACCUUCGAUAUUCGCAUCCUAAACGGGAGAUGUCCGAACCCACUUGUCAGCGAAAGCGACAGCGCACAUCUGACUCCUUCCACUCUUCGUCGCCGUCAUCGUCUUAUCCUUCUGAUAUAUCAUCCGAUACAGAGGAUGUUACGGCUUCGAACUCACCCACUUCGGCAUCUCCUUCACCUGUGUUCCUGAGGAUUCGUGUGCCACCGAACAUGCGGCGAAAGUCGCGACGUCCAUGUUCAGGAUCUAUUCCUGUAUUGGAAGAAGCGAUGCCUGCCUUGCGAAUUACAGAGGAAGGUGUGGGACGAAUGUCGGAUGAUGGGCGUUGAUUUUUUUGGGGGAGUACGUCUUCACCAAAAUUCCAGUGCAAGAGUAUGUGCAGGCGAAGCACUGGCGUCAUCAGCAAUGGUUUCGCACCCUGUGGUGGAUCAGCAAGUCAAACAUACUACGUGUUGUUCAGUUGUCGCGUUACGGAUGUACAUCCGACCCUUAAAAACCAUUUUCUUCCUCUCGAUACAUACACCAAUGUUCCGCAGCAAAAUCCGCGAGACCCUUAUC